AUGAAAUUCUUUACUAAACGUGCACAACAACUACUAAAUUCUAUGUUCCAAGUGGACGAUAUCCAUGUGAUAGGUGCUUUUCUACAUCCAAACUACAAAACACUGAGAUUUACAACAUCGACUCAGAUAGAUUACUGUCAUCAAGCGUGUCGAAAUGCUACAGUACCUGAUGGAGUUGAUAAUGAACAAGAUGAAGAAACACCAGAUGGUAAACCAAAAGAAAAACGACAAAAUUUAUUCAUGGAAUCAUUGAUGGAUUAUAAUAUGGAAGUCAAAAGAAAGAAAGUGAAUUCUGCAGCAGUGGAACGAGAAUUUAGUGCUGCGGGACAAAUUGUUUCACAGAGACGAUCUACAAUCGAUCCAUCAACAGUUAACAACAUAUUGUUCCUUCGGUCAAUUGAAAACAAUCGAAUGAAAAUGCCAAUCGUGUAA